CACUGUAUCCUUCAGUCUCUCAGCCCCACCACAUAAAACACACACCCGCCGCGCCCUGCACGGAGACAGCAAGACACAGAGAGCCCGAGAGAGGGGCUGAGACGAGGGGCCGAGAGGAGGACAACAGACUGAGAGAAAAAAGAGGAAAACGGACCUUCAUGAGGAACUUCUCUGCAAGACUGGACAUAGAAAAGACUAAGGAAGAGUUAGAGUAUUAGAUCUGAUUUAUUUGAUCUUUGAGGGAGGAGCAGAAGAGCUACAGAGGAAGAACAGAGAGGAAAAACUAAAAACAAAAAAAUUUGCCAUUCAUUGAUUAUUACUGAUUAUUGAUCAUUGACAAGUCUUUUGAGGUCAGAUUAAUGUAGAACAGCAGGUGGAUGUAAAGGAAGACAACAGGAGCUUCAGUGAAGACACUGCAGAGAGGAGCACAGAGGGAGGGGUAGGACAGGUGUUUGCUUUCAGAGAAAGAGAGAGAGAGAGAAAAGAGAGAGAGAGAGAGAGAGAGAGAGAGCGUAUGAGAGGACGAGCAAGAGCGUCUGAUAGCUGCAGGGAUGUUCAUGAUCAUUCGAGAGGGAUCAGCAGCAGGGGGAGGCACUACCGCCGGAAUGAGUGCGCCGCAGGAGAGGACAGCAAAACAGGUCCAAGCUGCCAUAAAGAAGAAGGUGGAGAAACAGAAGAAACAGCUUGAGAUGGGUGUGGUGGAAGCCUUCAGCACCAAUGGAGCGUCUAAAGGACGGAAGAGGCCGAGUGCACCCCCUGAAAGACGGGGUGAUGAGGAGGAGGAGGUGGAGGAAGAUGGCGCUGCUGAGACUGAGGAGCAGUGUGAGAAAGAGGACAUCGAUUUAGUUCCAAUUGUGGACUCAGUUUUUGGCCAAGACAGAGAGCUCCGGCCCGAGGAGAUAGAAGAACUGCGGGAGGCCUUUAAAGAGUUUGAUAGGAACAAAGGCUACAUCAACUGUCGGGACCUGGGCGAGUGCAUGAGGACUAUGGGAUACAUGCCUACAGAGAUGGAGCUCAUUGAGCUGAGUCAGCAAAUCUCUGGGGGUAAAAUCGACUUUGAAGACUUUGUGGAGCUGAUGGGGCCUAAAAUGCUUGCAGAAACUGCAGACAUGAUUGGUGUCAAAGAGUUAAGAGAUGCCUUCAAAGAGUUUGACUCAAAUGGUGAUGGACAGAUCAGUAUUACUGAACUGAGGGAAGCCAUGAAGAAGCUGAUGGGUGAACAGCUGAACCCAAGAGAUAUUGACGAAAUCAUCCGGGAUGUGGACCUCAAUGGAGAUGGCCAAGUGGACUUUGAAGAGUUUGUGCGGAUGAUGUCACGCUGAUGUCACACCGUAGAGGAUCAUCACCGCUGAAUCUGUUUUAUUUAUAUUUAUAUAUUUAUAUAUAUAAAACAUUAAUGCAGUAUUUUUUCUAAGGUAAUGAAAGAUGUGUCAGAUUUGUACAGUUUUAUUUUUAAGUUUAAUUGUACAUGAAAGGAAAUAUUUAAUAAAAAAAUGUGGUAA